CGCGGUAUCUUAAUUUUCCUCCACUCCUUCCCAUUUUUAAUUCUAAAACCCGCCAGCCAUCCACGAUCCAUUCAUAAUUUUCUCAUCUGUCAAAUCCAACUUCCCAUUCCUAAAUUUUCCAUUCCCAUAUCCACACUGCUUCCUACUGAUAUUCCUACUGCUCCUAUAUUUAUUCAAAUCUUCUCAGUUUUUGCUUUUCAUCAUCAAAAUUUUGACAAAGAGAUAGUUUAUAGAAAUCUUUCACAAGAAGAAACCGAUGGGAUCAGUAGGUGACAAUAAUGGAGUACAGGACGAGUGUAAACAGAGCCUUACCAGAGGCAAACUUAAGUCUUCUUCCUCAUCGUCGUUCCGGCUUCGAAGCCCGAGCCUCAAUUCAAUUCGUCUUCGUCGGAUCUUCGACGUGUUUGACAGAAACCAUGACAGUUUGAUCAGCGUUGACGAACUUAGUCAAGCGUUUAAUUUGCUAGGGUUAGAUGCCGAUCAAUCGGAAAUUGAAUCAAUGGUGAGAUCAUAUAUCAAAUCAGGAAACAACGGCCUUAGAUUCGAAGAUUUUGAGGCUCUACAUCGCUCACUCGACGAUGUUUUCUUCGGGUCAAAAUAUGAGGAUAAGAUCGGGUUGGAUCAGGAUCCGGAUCAGGAUGAAGUGGAUCUGCAGGAUGCGUUUAACGUGUUUGAUGAGAACGGCGACGGUUUUAUAUCGGCGAAGGAAUUACAGGCUGUACUAGAGAAACUGGGAUUGCCUGAAGGAAAUGAAAUUGAUAGAGUGGAGAUGAUGAUUUCAUCAGUUGACCAAGAUCACGAUGGCCAAGUUGAUUUCGUUGAAUUCAAGGAUAUGAUGCGCACUGUUAUUGUUCCUUCUUCUUAAUCUCGGCGGCUGAUCCACCGUAGGUCCGUCACGCGCCACCGGCUGUUUACUUGCUUCUUGUAUUAAUGGUUCCGCUGUUUCAUUAUCAUGUACCGGACAUAGUCAUUAUAAUCUGCAGAUUUGUCAAUUCUGUUUUGAAUCUGUGAUGAUAAAUUCUUAUUCUUCAGUUAAUAGUGUAAUUAUUUUGUUUUGAUGAAUGAAAAUAAUAUUACGACUUGUGACA